AUGCCAGACUCAAUUGCGAUGCCACUCCGCCCACCGCGCAUCCUCGCGCCCAAAGAUGGCGGACUUGCAAAGAAAGCUGGACAAACCGAGAGCAAGCGCAGACAACCAAAGAGUCGCUGCCUCACUUGCAGAGCGAAGCGUGUAAAGUGUGAUGAGGUCAAGCCUGAAUGUCGACAGUGCACCGGCCGCGGAAUAGUGUGUGGUGGAUAUCAGAAGGAUCUGCAGUGGAAAGCGUAUGGACAGCCAAAGAGGUUUGUCACCGACCGAAGUUCUGGCUUAGGCAUGUAUGGGGUUUCUAUUGUUAUGGACACGCCAUUAACUCGCAUAGCGACUCGGUCAAGAGAUCACAAAGGUAGUGGUGCUGCUAACCUGCUUGAAAACGCAAGGUCUCAAGGGCUGGGGGAUGGUGUCCAGCAGGACGAGCCGAAUUGUUUUGUAGUCUCGGCAUUCACGUCGACCAGAGCAUCGCCAGAGUCUCGACCGAAUGUUGGUGACGCGGAACAGAGAGGCAGGAUCGAUACGUCUGUGAGUAAUCGACCGAGAAUGAGUUGGCAUUGUUCAGGUGAUGAGAUCGCUGGCAAUGGGCAAUUUCCCAUGUCGGAUCACAAUGGUGACCUGAGGCACGAUAGUCUCGCCGACAGCACCUUUCCGAGCUUCUCGUUUCCAAAUCUAGAGGAUUGGACAGCCGACAACGACGAUUAUGACUGGGACGCGUGCGAGUGGACCGCACUUGAAGGCAUGCUGACGCGACCCGCGCUCGAUUAUCCGUUGCUCGAGGAUGAGACGAUGCAGGUGCCAGAACUCGACAUGUCGCUACAUUCGUGGCUGCACUCGCCCAUGUCGCCAGUAACAGACCUGGACCUGGACCUCCCAGGCCUAUUCCAGCAGCCGCAGUUCAAAUCGGGCAGCGCUGAAAUGAUCUGCCUUGUCUUCAACCAAUACACUUGCCAUCUUCUCUCAAUCGAUGAUCAGCCCCAUCUAAACCCCUGGCGGACCGACAUCUGGCCACUUUCGAAAGAGCACCCGGCGCUUUAUCAUGGCCUUGCAGCGAUGACUUGCUUUCAUCUAUCGAAAGCUCGGCCGGAUCUGCGGACUCAUGGCUUCUAUCACGUGGACCGAAGCAUGUCGCAGAUGUCUGCGACUUAUAGUGAAGAUGCGAAUGUCAUGCCGCUCGAAGUUGUAGUGGCCACGUUGUUGGCUCUAGGCUGGGCAGAGACGUGGGAUAGCCAGCUGUCAUCGACAGGAAAGAUGCAUAUUGCGAAUGCGGGCGGGCUGAUCCGGGGAAUGCGUGACUACUCGAACCAGUCCGCACUCCUUCGCUUCCUGACCAACAACUUUCUCUACAUGGACACGAUAGCAAGACUGACGUCGACCUUUGACGACAUGACGAUCAAAGAGACGCCGAUUCUGGAGAUACCGAGUGCGUCGUCCAUGGCGGAGCUGCAGUUUGACAACCUCAUGGGCUACGCGUCCACGCUGUUUCCAGUCCUGCGAGGCAUUGCAGACCUCGUGGGCUGCAUCCGGUACCGUGACCAGAAGCGCAACUCGGCAGCCAUGGUGUCGCGCGCCACAGAGCUCAAGACCGCAGUCGAGCGAUGGAAGCCGUCUGUAGACCCAGACACAGUCGACGAGCUGACGGCGACAAUGUCAGACGCGGUACAGACAGCCGAAGCGUACCGCUGGGCCAGCCUGCUGCUCCUCCAACAAGCAGUCCCGGAACUGCCCAACACGACCUCGUACGGGCGCAUCGCCCAGACCAUCCUCGUCUUCCUCGCCACCGUGCCCCUGACCUCGACAACGCUCAAGGUGCACCAUUUCCCGCUCAUGAUGGCGGGCACGGAGACGGUCGAGCGCGAGGACAGAGACUGGGUGCGCGAGCGCUGGCACGCCAUGGGCCAGCGCAUGAUCACGGGCAUCGUGGACAAGUGCCUGGACGUCACGACAGAGGUAUGGCGGCGACGAGACGAGUAUGCAGAGCGGUGGCGCACAUGUCCCAUCUCCGGCGCCAAACAGCCGCCUCGAGCUCCGGCGACAUGUGCCGGCGCGCCACAGCAGCAGCAGCGGCAGCAGCAACAGGACGGGCGCAAGGCAUUCUUCGACACGAGUUCCUUUGAGGCGGUGGCUGGAGUGGCGAAGGAGGGCUACGAGCGAGGUGCGAUGCGCAAUGGGCGCCGCUCGACGUCGCCUACGUUUCCGUUGUCGGCGGCGUUUAGCAAGGGUGUGGACCAGUUGACGCGGUCGGGGUGUCUGGACUUUACGGUGCGGGGGACGUUGCACUGGCUCGGGGUGAUGAAGGACUUUGGAUGGGAAGUGAUGCUCGGGUGA